GCAUUGAGGUAUCAUGCGGGGUUCACGGGCUCGAGUUCAUAGGCCCAAUUGAUUAAAAACACAUAAAAAAAGGGUUUGUUUCGCCGAACCGGGCCUUACGGGUGAACUCGUAAGGGGCGGGUUCACGCCACGUGUCCUCCUCUCAGUGGCUUCUCCUUUCCGCGUUGGCGAGAGAGAAAGAAGGGUCUCGGCGUCUUGAUUCAUUUCUCUCAUCUCCGUAAAAGCUAGGGUUUUUUUCUCUCUGAGGCGAUUCUCUGUGCGACCUCCAUCUCCGGCGGUAUUCUCCAGCAAAUCCACUCUGGUUUCUCUUCUCCACCUCUUAGAUGGAAACUCCCCGAGAACCUCAUUUCUUCAAGCCUCUUCUUCCUGGUUUUCACAGUGGCGUGGCAAUACCACUUGACUUCUACUCAAAACACAUACAAGGGGCUGAGAUCAAUAAACCAUGGAAGCUAAGAUCGGACGCUUCGGAUCAAAUUUGGGAGGUGAUCCGAGAAGGCAGGACACUCACCAAAGGUUGGAAAGAGUUCACCGAAGCACAUGAUCUUCGAAUCGGUGACAUUGUCAUCUUCAAACACGAAGGAGACAUGGUCUUUCAUGUGACACCUUUUGGUCCUAGCUGUUGUGACAUUCAGUAUACACAUCCUCACAUCGUUAAGGAAGAAGCCGACGCGGAUGAUGCUCCUACUUUCUCAUACGACUACUGCUUCUUGGCUGAGGUUACUGCUACAAAUCAAAAGGACGACAAAAUGUUUCUUCCUGUGGAAGCUAUGAGGUGUGGUGCUUUGAACCAACAAUGCAAAGAGGUCAAACUUGUCAACAAGGAGGGAAAGUCAUGGACUGCGCGCUUCGGAUUUAGCGAAUCAGACGGCGCAUAUUACAUCAACAGAGGGUGGAGAAAGUUCUGUCGUGAUAACAGAUGCACCAUCGGAGAUUUGUUUGUGUUCAACGUGGUUGGAGACGGGACGACAACUCCAUUACUGUGUGUAUGUCCGGAAAGGAAGGAGUGUACUGAACUACUGAUCAAGCACUUCAGCAGAAUCGAUGGUAGCAUUGCUUCUACCUCACGAAAUUAGAUGGCUCUUUUGCGGUCUUUCCUCUCUAUCAUCUGAACUUGUUUCUUUUUGUUUCAUUAGCAACUUAUCAACUUAUGUAUUUCGGU